AUGAGUAACUCUCGUUCUUCUCCAGAUUAUAAUCAAAAUUCGCAAUUUAUGUUUGUGAAUUCGCGUACAAUUGGAAGUAGAAGUAGGGGAUCACCCUAUGAUCGUUUUUACAGAAGACAACAACACGAUCAACCUUUCGUUUUGGGAUUACAAGCCACAAUUACUCCACACAGUGACGGAAUUACAGUUAUUAACGUCAGUAGUCGUGAUUUAGUGGAAAGGGCCUUAAGGCAGCAGCAUGUACCAGACUAUUACAAUGGCGGAUCAUCACAAAAUUUAUCAGAUGAUUCUCAACCAGAAAGUGAAUCAUUAUUGGAGUAUUUUAAAACAAGAAUUCAACGUGUUGCUGAUGGAGUAAAUAAUCCAACAGAAAUUAAAGAGAUUUGUGCCAUAUGUCAAGCGGAAUUCGAGCAUGAAGAGUGCAUCGGGACACUUGGGUGCGGACAUGAAUAUCAUACAGGCUGCAUCAAACAAUGGUUGUUGAGGAAAAAAGAUUGUCCCAUAUGUCGAGCUUCUGUUUUGCCCUCAAAUACAUAG